CUAACAAUAAGGUCUUACGCUUGGCGGGAUAACCUUUGGCCUUCAUGACAGUAAAAUGCCCGAAACGCUCGGCGCAUUGUUGCGCCUGUCAUAAAGUCAUGGUGGCUUUGUGUUCGGUGUUAUUUGCGAUCAAGGGCAACGGCCGCCAGGAUCGGCGACACAAGACCUUAAAUCUGGCUAGUCGGCUUAGUUAUAGUCUUGGAAAGUGGCAGACACGCCCCACUAACCCCUCAUGGCGAGGCUGUCCGUGUUGAUCACAGAGUUUGGCCUUCGUAGCUAUUGCACGAUGUCAUGAUACCCUCUGAUGAUUCGUUCCUGUAUUCAUGCUUGAAAGUUUAAUGGCUGGGAGUCUCGCAUACUGCGAGUUGCCUAUUUGAUGUAGCUUAAUAUGCGGCAACCAGUGCUUAGCCCUGCCCAGUUGAAGGCGAUGAGCUUUGCCUAAGAUGAUACUGGUCCGAAAGCUGUCUGUCAGUGGCCCCUCAUGGAUGAUGCGGAUGUAAUAGGAAGGCGUCUUCGUUCAGGUACGAGGCUGACUUUGGUUUGAGAAAUCUCAGAUGGGGUGUAACCUAGAUGUCUAUAUAAGAACCUCAUAACCUCGACUUCAACCGAUUUAAUUCAGCAUCGACUCACAAUAAUCUUCUUCUCACACCAGCCUGCAUCCCAUACCAACGUCACUCUUUAUCUGCUCGGAGGUUCAAUCUCAUUUCAAAAAUGAAGUAUUCCGUUCUCACCACUGUGGCUACCAUCCUGGCCGCCUCUACCUCAGUCACCGCCCUCCCCGCCUCCCAGUCCCCAUCAAUGCUCGCCCGCGCCGCUCUCGAAUCCCGCGCAACCUGCACCAACGCCGCCACCGACAGUCUCAUCUUCAGCGUCUCCAUCGGCUCCUUCGAGGCUUCGCGCAAUGCCAAGAACCCCGACUGCGACUGGUCGAGCGACGGCUGCUCCUGGUCGCCCGACAAGCCCGACGGAUACAACUUCAUCCCCAGCUGCCACCGCCACGACUUCGGCUACCGCAAUACCAAGGCGCAGAGCCGCUUUACUAAGGCGAUGAAGGAUAGGGUUGAUGAUAACUUCAAGAACGACCUCUACAGAUACUGCUCUGGCUUCUCGGGCCUCUCGUCUUGGAAGGGUGUUGAGUGCCGCCGCAUUGCGGAUAUUUAUGUUGCCUUUGUGCGCCAGUUCGGUAAGCGUGAUGAGAUUGGUGAUGUUGCUUUCUCUAAGAGGGAGGAUAACAUCUUUGAUAUCGAAUUGGAUGAGGAUAUUGAGGGCCAGGUGAUCCCUGAUGUCCUUCCUGUGGAUGUGGAGGGUGAUGUGGUUGAGGAUAUCGAUGCUUACUUUGGAGAGGAGUAAGAGAUUGGUGCUUGGACAAAAACGAUCAUUUACCCCAGCAGUCUCUUGAUAAAACUUAGGGAUCUGUUUAUUAUAUAUAACGAGUUUUCUUAUCUUGAGUUUCCUUUAGACUUGCC